UACUAACCAACAAACAAAAGAAAAAAAAAAACCAAACAAAAACCCCAAACAACCAAACAAAAACCUUUUCUAUUUUCUUAAUCAAGACAGGAGCAUGACCCUAGAUGAAAAAACUCUGGCUGAAGAAUUCAGAACUUUGUUUUGAGUCAUAGUAUUGUGCCACAGAGGAUAAAGUACAUUUUUAAGUCACUGAUAAAUAUGCUGACUACUUUUAUUUAGGGACACACUGUUACAUGAUAGUGCUGAGAAAUAAUUAAUGCACUAACUUGAGCAGUUGUCAUUGCAGAACAUAAUGCUCCACAUCCCCACAUAACUCCCCCACCCCCACCCUUUUUCUCCAACCAAUUGUUGAACAAGGAAAGAAAUUUUUCACAUCAUAGCAGGGAAAUAGUUACAGUGUCUGGGUUAUGUGAUGAUAAACUCUGGUGGAAAUUGAAACAGGAUUGUUUUUCACUCACAGUCAACUCUCUGUUAGUAUCAUACAUAUCUAUAAAAUGUACCGAGUCUCUGUUCUCUGAAGCACUCAAGAGCACUUCCGAGCUCACUGUGUCUUCAGCUUUGGGAUAUUCAUUGCACAAUUAGAAGGGUAUUUAUUCAUCUGAACAAAAAACUUAUUUGCUCUGCUUCAAUUAAAGCUGAUGACUUACAUUCCUUGAAAAUAAGUGAGGAAGAAAUGGCAGUGCCUGCAUAGAGAUAUUCCUUUUGUCAAGGGACAAAUAACAAGCUGACCCAACUGGGACAUGUGGAAGACCAUUUUACCAGCCUGCAGAGGAUGUACAACAAUUGCGAGGUGGUACUCAGCAACCUGGAGAUUACAUAUGUGGAGCACAAUCGUGACCUCUCUUUCCUGAAGACAAUACAGGAGGUUGCAGGCUACGUGCUCAUCGCCCUUAACAUGGUGGAUGUCAUUCCCCUCGAAAACCUCCAGAUCAUCCGAGGCAAUGUGCUGUAUGACAACUCUUACGCCCUGGCUGUUUUAUCCAACUACCACAUGAAUAAAACCCAGGGACUCCGACAGCUGCCGAUGAAGCGGCUUUCAGAAAUUCUCAAUGGAGGUGUUAAAAUCAGCAACAACCCCAAACUGUGCAACAUGGAUACUGUUCUUUGGAAUGACAUCAUUGACACAAGCAAGAAACCUCCCACAGUGCUUGAAUUUGCAAGCAACCUGUCUUCUUGUCCCAAAUGCCAUCAGAACUGCACAGAAGACCAUUGCUGGGGCCCUGGUGAACAAAACUGCCAGACAUUAACAAAAGUCAUCUGUGCUCAGCAGUGCUCUGGUCGGUGCAGGGGAAAGGUGCCCAGCGACUGCUGCCACAACCAGUGUGCCGCGGGGUGCACCGGGCCUCGGGAGAGUGACUGCCUGGCAUGCCGCAAGUUUCGGGAUGAUGCUACGUGCAAGGAUACGUGUCCCCCAUUGGUCCUGUAUAACCCCACCACUUACCAGAUGGAUGUGAACCCUGAAGGAAAAUACAGCUUCGGAGCCACUUGUGUGAAGGAAUGUCCACACAACUACGUGGUGACAGACCACGGCUCCUGCGUUCGCUCGUGCAAUGCUGAUACUUAUGAAGUGGAAGAAAAUGGUGUUCGGAAGUGCAAAAAGUGUGAUGGGCUAUGCAGCAAAGUGUGCAAUGGAAUCGGAAUAGGUGAACUUAAAGGGAUCCUCUCCAUAAAUGCCACAAAUAUCGACUCCUUCAAAAACUGUACGAAGAUCAAUGGGGACGUCAGCAUUCUCCCAGUUGCAUUUCUAGGUGAUGCCUUCACGAAGACCCUACCUUUGGAUCCCAAGAAACUGGAUGUCUUCAAAACAGUCAAAGAAAUAUCAGGAUUUUUGUUAAUUCAAGCCUGGCCUGAGAAUGCUACUGAUCUCUAUGCUUUUGAAAAUCUGGAGAUUAUACGAGGCAGAACAAAGCAACAUGGCCAGUAUUCCCUUGCUGUUGUUAACUUGAAAAUACAGUCCCUAGGGCUGCGCUCCCUCAAGGAAAUAAGUGAUGGAGAUGUUGCCAUUAUGAGGAACAAGAACCUCUGCUAUGCUGACACCAUGGACUGGCACAGCCUGUUUGCAACUGAGAGCCAGAAAACGAAGAUUUUACAGAAUAGGGAUAAAAAUGAGUGUGCUGCUGCCAAGCAUGUUUGUGACCCCCUGUGCUCAGAUGUAGGCUGCUGGGGCCCAGGGCCCUUCCACUGCUUUUCCUGCAGGUUUUUUGAUCGUCAGAAGGAAUGUGUGAAACAGUGCAACAUCCUGCAAGGGGAGCCAAGAGAAUUUGAAAAGGACUCCAAGUGCCUCCCCUGCCACCCUGAGUGCCUGGUGCAAAACUCCACCAUGUACAAUGCAACCUGCACUGGACCUGGCCCUGACAAUUGCAUGAAGUGUGCCCAUUUUAUAGAUGGCCCCCACUGUGUGAAAUCCUGCCCAGCAGGGGUUCUGGGUGAGAAUGACACUCUCGUCUGGAAAUAUGCUGAUGGGAAUAAUGUUUGCCAGCUUUGCCAUCCAAACUGCACCCGGGGGUGCAAAGGGCCAGGUCUUGAAGGCUGUCCAAAUGGCUCCAAGAUCCCCUCUAUCGCAGCCGGCGUUGUCGGAGGGCUCCUGUGCCUGGUGGUGGUGGGCCUGGGCAUCGGCCUGUACCUGCGGAGGCGCCACAUCGUCAGGAAGCGCACCCUGCGCCGCCUGCUGCAGGAGAGAGAGCUUGUUGAACCACUGACACCCAGUGGGGAGGCACCAAACCAGGCUCAUCUGAGAAUUUUAAAGGAAACAGAAUUUAAAAAGGUCAAAGUUUUAGGCUCUGGAGCCUUUGGCACUGUUUAUAAGGGACUUUGGAUCCCAGAAGGAGAAAAGGUUAAAAUUCCUGUUGCUAUUAAAGAGUUGAGAGAGGCUACAUCACCAAAAGCCAACAAGGAAAUACUUGAUGAAGCUUAUGUGAUGGCUAGUGUUGACAAUCCUCAUGUGUGUCGCUUGUUGGGAAUCUGCCUCACUUCAACCGUUCAGCUCAUCACACAGCUGAUGCCUUACGGCUGCCUCCUGGAUUACAUCCGAGAGCACAAGGACAACAUCGGCUCUCAGUACCUCCUCAACUGGUGUGUGCAGAUUGCAAAGGGAAUGAACUAUCUGGAGGAACGGCGCCUGGUGCACCGUGACCUUGCUGCCAGGAACGUCCUUGUUAAGACUCCUCAACAUGUGAAAAUCACGGACUUCGGGCUGGCAAAGCUGCUCGGAGCAGACGAGAAGGAAUAUCACGCGGAGGGAGGCAAGGUUCCUAUUAAAUGGAUGGCAUUGGAGUCAAUUUUACACCGGAUUUACACUCAUCAGAGUGAUGUCUGGAGUUAUGGUGUGACAGUUUGGGAGCUGAUGACAUUUGGUUCCAAGCCAUAUGAAGGGAUCCCUGCCAGUGAGAUCUCCUCUGUCUUGGAGAAGGGCGAGCGUUUGCCACAGCCCCCCAUCUGUACCAUCGACGUGUACAUGAUCAUGGUCAAAUGCUGGAUGAUCGAUGCAGACAGCCGUCCCAAGUUUCGUGAGCUGAUAGCUGAAUUCUCAAAAAUGGCCCGUGACCCUCCACGCUAUCUUGUUAUACAGGGAGAUGAUAGGAUGCACCUGCCCAGCCCUACGGACUCCAAGUUUUAUCGCACCCUAAUGGAGGAGGAGGACAUGGAGGAUAUAGUGGAUGCGGAUGAGUACCUCGUGCCACACCAGGGCUUUUUCAACAGCCCUUCAACAUCUCGCACACCUCUCUUGAGUUCUUUGAGUGCUACCAGCAACAACUCUGCUACAACCUGCAUUGACAGGAACGGGCAGGGGCACCCUGUGCGGGAAGACAGCUUUGUCCAGAGGUAUAGCUCGGACCCAACAGGCGCUUUCUUGGAGGACAGCAUAGAUGACAGCUUCCUACCAGCCCCAGAGUAUGUAAACCAAUUGGUGCCCAAGAAAGCAUCUGCCUCAGCAGUCCAGAAUCCAAUCUACAACAACUUCUCUCUCACAGCAAACUCAAAGGUCCCCACAGACUCCAGCUACCAGAAUUCACACAGCACAGCUGUGGACAACCCUGAGUAUCUCAACACCAACCAGUCUCCCCUGACCAAGACAGUCUUUGAGAGCUCUCCCUACUGGAUCCAGGCGGGCAACCACCAAAUAAACCUGGACAAUCCUGACUACCAGCAGGACUUCUUACCAAAGGAAACCAAAUCUAAUGGUCUCUUGAAAGUUCCCGCAGCAGAAAACCCAGAGUACUUGAGGGUAGCGGCACCAAAAAGUGAAUACAUUGAAGCCUCAGCAUGACCAUAGAGAAUUUCUUCUUGCAGCAAGGCAAGCUGGAUAAGUGAACUGUUGACUGCUGCAAGAGUGGACUCUGGCUCAGAGCAAAUGGCAACCACAAUGCAUCAAAAAGAACCUCUGCUUUCCAGCAUGGGGCUUUGAAACUGCAAAGCCUGCCUGAUGGUAGUUUGGGUCUUUCCUUGCCUAUUUCCAUGUAAUAACAUGGUGCCCAUAGCCUGCACUCAGAUGCAUGUUGGAAUGGAGCAGGAUCUUCCUGGACUGAAGAAAUAUGGAUGCAUUCCUUCCAUUUUCAAAUGGUAGCAUGGUAAAAAGCCACUCUGGGAUGAACUCGAGAACUGUACACAUUGUACAGUCAAAUUCCUUUCUACAUUCUGUAUUUUUAUAAAUGUUUCUAACAGAAGUUUUGGAUCUUUUACAAGAUCAGAUGCUUGUACUGCUCGUCUGCUAAGUGUUGCUCAGAUCACCAGCAGGGGGAAAAAUUAUGUUCCAAAUCUCCUGGAACUGAAACUGUUAUUCCAAACCACCAGAUUUUUACAAAUUGGCUCCAUAUACUGCCUUUUGGCCCAAAGGUGAGAAGUGCAUCUGAGGGACAUAUGGGCGAUUCUGCCCAGGGCAGUAUAGAGUGGACUGGUCUGGGGAAAACUAGCACAAGGAGCAAAAUGGCACAAUGCAUCACCUGCUGACCACUACUGCUACAAACUGACAAGAGGAGUGCACCUCCAAGUCACCUAUACAUGAUUAUAAAGUGCUCACUAGUCUGUUUUCUGAUGGUCAAACCCAAGACUUUUUUUUCUUCUGAUCCCUUAUGCAGCUGUCAAUUUGUCAAAAUGCCUUUCUUCUUCAACAAAACUGUUAAAGAUGUUGCCGUAACUGAAAAAUGAAAUGUCAGAUAAUGUUUAACAGACUUCAAUUAAAUGUCAAGGAAAUGCAAAUAGUGGCAAAUUGGAGCAUUCACAAGACAGACUGGAAGAACUAUACUAAAUUAAACUUGACUAAGGCAAGAAACACAGGUAGUUCUGGCCAAGCAGCUUUAUUUCCCAUUUUAAAGGGAAUCAUAGCAGAAAUAAUUUUCCCUUAUACAUUUGGCAAAGAAAAGGGGUACUAUCUAAGUAGUACAUUUCACUCACUUCAAGGCAAAAUAUUACCAAUUGUUGCCCCACACUGGGGCAGAAGCUGGGGCUGGUUACAUGUCCCUUUGGUGUUACUAUUCUGGCAAUGCAAGAGGAGCAGUGAGAAUGAAUAAAGGAAAGAAAGAAUAAUCUAGAGUGAUGGAAAAUAUCAUCUCCCUCUUCUGAAGCACAGAGUUACCUACUGCUUCUUUGAAAGAUGCAGCAUCAUCUUCUGGUUAUUAGUGUGGUAUAGGCAGGCAAGGCAAGGCUAAGAUUUUGGCAUGACAGUAUAAAUCAGUCAGCAAAAGCAGCUACUCUUUCCAGUGACCCAUAAAAUCAUUCCACCACUAACAUUUCUUAUGAAUGUAGGAGGAAUAAAGUGUCUAAAGUGUGAAUUUAGUCAGUCCUUUAGAUACAUCCCACCAGCAGCUUAGCAGUGCUAUUUUAAUCAAACCACUAGAUCAGAAAGCAAAUUCUCAUUUGGGGACAAAGGCCCUUAACUAGUUGAAUGUUGGCAACUUGCUUGAGGGUAGCAUAAGCAGCUGACUUGGAGAGGAUCUGUAGUCUAUAUUAAGCAGCGAGAAACAGUCAAAUUUAUGCUGCUGUUGUGUUUAGAAUGCAUCAUUAUGUGUUUCAGUUUAGGUAUUGCAUCUGAAGUCCAGGAUCAAGCAGCAAAUCCUUACAGCACUGUUUUUACAGAUUUUCUGAGGAAAGGAGACCUUCAGUCAUGUGAAAUGAGCCCUUUUUUAAGUAACAUGCAUUAGCAGUUUGUAUGUGGACAGCUCAUGGAUCCCACUACAGUACAGGGUGAAGUGGCAUGUUGGGUCAGAAUCCAGAGAUUAUUCCGUUUGGUAGAUGUGUCUCACCAUGACCAAGUCCCAGACACAGCAGUGUGGAAGAUGCAAUGUUUGACUUGGAUUAUGAGUGGCUUGUAUUUAAAACAGUAACCAAAAUUCAGUUCCCACGUCCAAUUAGCAGCAGAUUUCUCCUUGCAUUCCUGGGAGCAGAUUUGUUGUGUUGCUCUCACAAGUGUGUAACAUGUGCACACAGGCAGUGCUGCUUUUCCCCACCCACUAUCCUGGCAGAAAUGUACAUAAAACUAAAAAAAGAUCUUAACAGAAUUCACAGAUAAUUUUUCAAUUUGCUGAAAAUGUUAUGUCUCCAAGCAGAACACUAGAAAAUCACAUAGUGCAUAUUCUCCCACAGAUUCUUUCAAACACUACUGCACAAAGGAAUGUACUGAUUUUAAUCUGUUUAAUCUGUUAGCUAAAACAAGAAAGCCACUGAGAAAUAGCAUUAUGUUUCACCCAGCAUUAUGUAGCAUGAAUAGAGGUUAAUGCUUGCCCUUUUAAAACAAUUCAGGAGGGAUUCAGUAGCAGCUCAUUGCUAGAAACAAGGAGAUUCAUCUCAAAAUUAAGCAAUCUAAGUUUGAAAGAACAUCUCUCUUUGAAUGUGAUGUUUUUGAGGAAAAAAGUAGAAAAGAGAGGAUGUAGCACCACAAACUCUUGAUACGAAUGUAGAUUCUAGAUUGGCAGGAUCAGGUAUAUAUUGUGAAGUAUUUCUGGUCAAUGGCAUCUUGUAAGCCAUGAUUGUAAGUUGGCAGCUCAGUAAUGAUUCAAAAGCCAGCAAAAAAUAAAAACUAGGUAGUGCCUGCAGGGGCAGAUACAGUGGCACUGGGAGCAGAUGGGACUGUGCAGCGAAUCGCUGUGGCAACAGGUAAUAGCAAUAUACCAAAUCAUUUCCACCGGGAUUAAAAACAAACAAACAAACAAACAAACAAACAAAAAAACCAACAAAAAAAACCCAACCAAACACAAGUAAGCAGCAGAAAUGUCCUGGUUUUCCCAUUGCAGCUCACUGACCAUCAAACAGCAAGGAGACCCCAGCAAAUUGCGUGUGCUCAUACAAGAGACCAUGGCUAAACAGCAUAAAUCAACAUCCAGAAAUAACUUGAAAGGUCAGCUGCAGGUGUGGGUAGAAAAGGCUGAUUUUAAAGACACAGCUAAAUAGGGAAAUGUAGCAUUCCAAAGCCUCUUCUGAAAGCUAACAAUCUUGCCACUUGAGAAAGAUAAAAUUUCUCUUUUUACUGUAUUUCUCAUAGAAGACCAAAUAAAACACAAGUGAAUCCUUAGCAUCUAUCAUAAAGCAGUAGUUGUUACUGAACUCCUUUUGCAAUAAUAAUUUAGGACUUUUAAUAACUUCUAAGUGUUUGAAAAUGUAAGUUAAGAGUUUUCAUCUUACUUUGAUCUUUGAUCCAGCGACUGUGUGCAGUGUCAGCGCACUUGAUUUCAUUGUGGGCCUUGAGUUGUUUUCUUCUGCUGCAAAGGGAGUUAUCUGGGAAAUUUUCGUCAUGUUGCAAUUGAUUUGGUCAAGUAAUUGAUCCAGAGGCCAGGGGCUUCCUAUUGUUCCCAGCUGACAGUCAACACUAAAGUAAGCUUUUUUAGAGAGAGCAGUUGGAAACAGAUGGUGGUUUCUGGAAUGCCUCAGGGUGAUGCCCCUUCCCACCAACAUCACCAUGACUUGAAGCCUGCCCUAGCAUUAGGAAAUGUGGUCCUGCGGUUUGUUUGAAAGGAAGGGACUUGUACAGGAAGAGUAAUGCCAGGGAAGGGCUGCAGCUGACCAGUCCAUACCUGAGACAGCUGCUGAGUUUGCACAGGGACAUCACUGAGGCCACUGACUGUUCCUGCAGGUACAGGUGCUCCUGUCCCUGAACCCAGCUUGAUGUGAAGGGGCUUGCAGAGAUUGCUUAUGCAAAAACCAAUGUACCUGGCAUUUGUACUACGGGGGGUAUCUCUUCUCUUCCCUGGGGGACGAAGUUAGGGUUACAACAAUGUCACAGGACCCCAGACAGCUUGAAGAAAUCCCAUCACAAGGUGCCUGGGGUGUUCUUGGUCUGUCUGCAGGUGCUCCAGGGUGUCAAGAAGAAACUUUGCAUUUCCAGACAAGCGCUCAUUUUUGACAUUCAGGGUUCCACAUUUUCUGUUAGUAUGACCACUGCCUGUCAAAUCAGCAGUUACGGUACUCUGGCCAUUGUUUCCCCCAAAGUUUCUCUAUGAGAAAACACUUGAAUCGGUAUGAAAAUGUACCUGUGUCCUCCUUCUUGGUGGAAACUGUAUAUUCAUGAAAUGUCAGACCCUGUGUAUAACACUUAGCAAGACUGCUUUGUAAUGUUUUAUCACCACUGGUUCAAAUUUUUAUAUUGGGAUCCGAUUUUCUAGCUUUCUUCUUAUAAGUGUUCCCUCUUUGUUCUGACAUACAACUUUCAAGAAGCCUUUUUAAAUAAUUUAAAAAAAUAGAAAAAAGUUUAUACAAAAGAAAAACUUGACACCUUCAAGUAGCUUGUCAAAUGGGCUGCAUUAGGACCAAAGAUGUAACGUCUUGUUUUCUUGCUUUAAAGGAAUAAGGUAUUGAUCACCACUUCCACAGCCUCUUUUUAUAGAGAAGAGCUACAGAGCUGCAUCCUUCACUGGGGCAGGGUCAGACCUUCACUGAGCAAAGAGAGCUUGGCAGGAGGGUGAUGCCUGUCAUAGAAAACCAAACUGAAUAUCAGGACCAUGUAUCACUUCAGGGCCAAACCUACAACCUCUACUCUGUAUUGCACUUAAUGCAUUAUCUAAACAGAGACACAGCCAAGAAAAAAAGAAACAAAUACAUGAUAUUUUGGCUCAGUAUCAGGAAAAAAAUACGAUGAUGUGAAGAUGAGGCAUGAUAAAAUAACUUUUUUGUGUGAGGAAGUGUGUGGGCAGGCAGUGAGACUUUAAAACAGUAACACUUUUGGUUAUAUAUUACUUUAAUUAUGCAGGGGAGUUGAAAUCACAGAGCUUCCAUGAUAUGCUUUGCUUUCUGCCAUGUCUCCUGCCUAUGCUUGAUGUCUGGUGUUAGGCAGAUCACCACCUCUAUCACCAUGGCCGUGUGGACUGAGAAUUGCAGGUUGGUGCAAGUCCUUCUUUUUACGCAGCAAGAGAAAAGUGCAGCCCUAGUUGGCUGUCCCACAGUUAGUGGUCAAGCUAAGCCCUCAACAGCAUCCAAAAGUGGGUUUCCCAAGGGAAAAAACUGGCAACUGAAGACCUACCUGGCAAAAGACAGGUAGGUCUUGUUGCACAGAUGAAGUCAGCAGUCAGAAUGCUGAACACCUUCAGCCAAGAUUUGGGUCUGGUGCUUCAUUAACUUUGCUGUCAUCUUCUAACAUGGUGCAGAUGGGGCUGUCUGUAUGUGCAGCAGCACAGGUCCUAUGGUCUCUUUCUGUCUCAUACUUUGAAGUAAUGGAUUUUUCUGAUUAAUAAGGUGAAAACCAGAAAUCAAAAGAAAAAAAAAACAGAAAUCAAAAAUGCCUCUAACAACUGGACUGGUAGAAGGUGUUGUUCCUACACAGCCAAUACAGUACAUCAUUUCCAGUCAGGCUGAAAUUUAUCCAGACUCUUCUCCUUACCUCCCAUAAGCUAGCUGGAGAGUGUGCAUUUGCAAUCACCAUCAAUGUUAUCCUCAUAUUUUAUUAAAAGGAAUAAUCAAAGUAGUUUUCUACAAUGGUAGGAGGCUUGGCUCACAUACCUAUGUUCCCUUUUUAAUCCUACAUUCCUAAUAGAGUUCUCCUUGAAAUUAAUGGGAUGUUUAAAUUGAUUACACUGAGAGUAUAAAACAAGGCUAAUGUUGAGUGAUUUUUGAAAAUCCCUCACAAUAAUCAGAGAUCCUAUGGAUCCAUUGCCCAUUUUAGGCUGCUUUGUAUUGAUGCAAUCAACUGAAUAUAAGGUAUGAUGACUUGGUUUUAAUAAACUGUCAAGCAAUAUAUCCACAGAUACAGAUGGUACCCUCAGAACAUUGUAAAGUUACUCAGCUAUGAAAGCACUAUUUGUAAAAUAAGAAACUCUUGACUUUUAUAUGGUUUAAUGGUUUAUACUGUUGAUCAAAGAUUGUUUGUAUAUGAGCGAUGAAAAAAUGAGGUGUAUAUUAUUCUUUUUAAUUGUUUUUAAUUUUUUGGAGGACUUUUAUUAUUGUAAUAUACUGUUGUAUUUGGGGGGAACAAAAAGCAGCGGCUAGCUUGUAGCUUGUAGCCAGAGGAGAACUCACAGUAAGGGUUCUUUAUUGAUGGACUUAGAUUUUUUUUCUGGUAAAAUUUGUCACCUUGGGAAUUUAUCCAGUGCUUAGUGAAGCUAGUAACAGCACUCUUUCCUCUCUUCAAGACUCUUUGGCUCUCUGCAUGCAUAGUGCUGGAGUUUCAUAAUGUGAGCAAUAAUACCAGGCAACCCUUGUGACCAAUGAAAGUGCAAUAUGAAAGCCCAGGUGCUGCUUAUCAGGGCCUAAAAAAAAGCUGCUCUUUUAUGUGUCAGGUUCCCACUUCACUUCCACGACAAGAGCAGAAGCAGAGUGAAAGCAAUCCCUCAAAGGCUGAUCCAUGUGGCAUUUGAAGCCAUAGUGUUGGCCAUUUCCAAAGUGCAUAGCUAAGGCAAAAUAAAGUCUCAACCAGAGUCACACUGAUGACUGUAAUUGUUGUACUACACUAGGCAGGAAGAGAAAUUGUGUUAGCAAGGGCAGCCAAAUGAAGCCCCAGCGUACCCUGAGUAAGGGUGUUUAAUAUCCAGCUGGUGGAACAUGUGGCUGACAAAGAUUAAAGGAAUUGCAGGGUCUUCAACAUAACACAGCAAAAUACACUGCAUUGGCAAGACAGUAAAGAAGAGAGGAGCAGGAAUUGUCAGUAUGCAUUCAGCCUGGAUAGGUCCCUGGUAUCGCAAUUAGUAGAUGAAUUAAUAUUUGUCUUUAUAGAUUAAUUUUGUACAC